UUAUAGAUUUGCAAUGACGAAAAGAAUGACCGAACGAAAAGAUCUUGGAGAUUUCAUUGAGCUUGGUAAAUAUACUGGCUUUCUUUGUUUACUCUAUGAAUUAUUGGUUGUUUCACAAGUUAGCAAUCUUAUCUACAUGAUUUAUGGAGGUGCUGCGGUUCGUGUAGAAGGAUGCGAUGGUUACAUGUUUACCGGUACAACACCAAAACAACAAUGUGCAGAAUACAAUAGUUAUGUGAAUUCAACGGGAGAAUGUGCAGAACCGAUAUUAGGCGCAGAUUUUGAAUCUGUUGGUUAUGAAUUCCAUUAUAUGUGCGAUUCGGCAACCAAGGUUAAAAUGAGUAUAUCAUUGCAAAUGAUUGGGAUUAUGUUUGGUGCGAUGACAUUUGGACAGCUAUCUGAUAUGUUUGGUCGAAGAGCGAUUCUAUUAUUCGGAACGAUUGGCUUAAUUAUUAGCGGUUUGGCAUCAACAUUCGUAAACAAUUUGGUUGCAUUUACAGUUGCACGAUUUUUCGUGAUGUUUUUCACAGGCGGAAAACAUAGCGUUUCUUAUGUUUUCAUGAUGGAAAAUUUGCCAGCCAAACAUCGUAUGUGGAUGGUUACCGUUAUCACCUAUUCCCCUAAUUACAUUGUCUUUACCGGUUUAGCUUACUUAGCCGGUGAAUGGCGUUUGCUGUCACGAAUAGUCGCUCUCUUAACAAUUCUUCCGGGCAUUCUGUUAAUAUUUGCAUUUGAAAGCCCAAGAUGGUUGAUCCAGAAGGGGAAAAUCGAUGAUGCUCGUCAGGCGCUUGUUGGUAUGGGUAGAUGGAAUAAUAAGAACACCCCGGAACGCCUUCAAGACUUGGAUCUCUUGCUGGAUAAAGAACGUGAACGUCUUAGAGAGGCAGCUGGAAAACCGAAAACGAAUUACACGUAUUGUCAUCUUUUCUCAAGCAAAAAUUUUGCUUCAUAUAGUAUCCUUUUCGCUUAUAGCUUGAUGAUUACAAGCAUUAUCUCUUACGGAUUGGUCUUUAAUAUGGAAAAACUUUCGGGUUCUAUCUAUCUGAACACGAUCAUUGUUGGCUCGUUGCGUUAUGCGAUCAAUCUGGUUUGCGCCAUCAUCGACAUCAAAUUCAUUUGGGCUGGUCGACGUCUUCUACAUGGAUUCUCGAUGUUUUUUAUCGCUAUCAGUCUUGGCUUAGUAUUUCUUAUCGUUUUGUUCGGUUUCAAUUUGCAAACAAUUAUCCGUAUUACGGCUUUGUCAGCAGCAGCAAUGUGUAGUCAAAUUUACAUCCUAAAUGCGGUUACACCAUCGGAACUCUUUCCAACAGCCAUACGUAAUAAGGAAAUUGGUUUUAUCCAAACAUUUAAUCGUAUUGGCAACAUCAUUGCACCACAGAUCUUUGUUAUUGGUGAAUUCUGGGCUCCACUUCCGUAUCUUACGAUGUGUCUUUUUGCCUUGGUUGAAGUAAUUGCAUUCCUGUGGAUCGUUCCCGAAACCAAAGGAAAACCAAUGCCCGAUCGAAUGCCUGGAGAUGAGUAUACUUCCGAUAGAGCUGCUAAGCCUCUGAUUAAGAUCAAUAAAAAUAACGAUGAACGUAUGCCGCUGAAUGAAAUCACAAAGUGAAAAUAUUCCGAAUUUGGUUUUAUCUUACCCUGAUUUUUUUUUUCAAAAAUAAAGAAAAAUGACUUAAGGCUUAUCC